CCCAACACGAAUGGAUAAUUUAGAUGCAUCUGUCGUAAAUCCUUUUCUGCACAUUGAUCAGUUCAUUAUCGAUCUAAUUCGAGGAGAAAAUGAAAACCAGUUGAUCAAUGGCGGCUACGAUUGUGACCUUAUUCAUGGCUUGUUGGUCGACAACAACAAUCAGUUUGGUCCAACCCCAGAAGAAAUGCUAACUGAUUAUAAUGCUAAUAAUAGUACACCAUUGGUGUUGGAUCCCUGUGAUAUUGCUCUGAUCAAUAAUGCAUUUCCAAAUUUUGAUGGGGAUGCCAAUGGAGAAGUAGGUAACGAUGAGGAGGAGGAGGAGGAGGAUUCAUCCACGACGACGACGACUACCACUGCAACUAACACCGGGAACAGGAAGGCGGAUCGGUCGAGAACUUUGAUUUCUGAGCGUAGGAGAAGGGGAAGCAUGAAGGAGAAGCUCUAUCAGUUACGAACAUUGGUUCCUAACAUAACUAAGAUGGACAAGGCCUCCAUAAUUGGAGAUGCUGCACUCUAUGUUCAGGAGCUGCAAAUGCAGGCUAAGAAGCUGAAGUAUGAGAUUGCAGGACUUGAAGCAUCAUUGACAGGAUUAGGAAAACAUCAAGCAACGAUCAAUGAAAAGCCAAAGAAGAUCCGAAUCGCUCAAAACAACAAUCAAUUUUGCAAUAAGAUCUUGCAGAUGGAAGUGUUUCAAGUAGAAGAAAGAGGAUUUUAUAUGAAACUGGUGUGCAACAAAGGGGAAGGAGUGGCCGUGUCGCUGUAUCGAGCUCUCGAGUCCCUUACCAGCUUUCUUGUUCAAAGUUCAAACUUGUUCUCAGCUUCUGAGAGUUUUAUAUUGACAUUUACAUUGACUGCUAGAGAUUGUCAGCAGGACAUGAACUUGCCAAAUACUAAGCUGUGGGUGAUGGGGGCUCUUUUGAACCAAGGAUUCGAGUUUACAACAUCCUAAUUAUGUGAUUAAGCUAGCUAGCUAUUUGAAGGUGAAUUUGAUUGUAGUCAUUCAUUGCAAAUGUAAGAGAUCACAAGUUCAACUUCCAUAUCGAAUGGUUUCGAUG